AUGGAAUGUACUGUCAAGUCUUGGCUCUUCGGCACCAUCACUUCGGAGCUCCUCGAGAUAAUCAUGACGUCGUCCCUGAUCGCCCUCCUUAUUUGGUUGGGCUUGGAGCAGAAACUCAUCGGUAACAAGGAGACUCACGCCCUUCUCCUCGACGCCGAAUUUCAGAUGUUUGUUCAAGGUGAUUUAUCAAUUUCGGAUUAUUAUCGCAAGCUUAAGAAUAUGGCAGAUGCACUCGGUGACUUGGGCGAGAUGAUUCACGAUCGCACACUUGUCUUGAAUGUCCUUUGGGGCCUCAACGACAAAUACUCCUACAUGGCUGCCCUCCUCAAGCAUCAACGAUCCUUUCCAUCCUUCAUCGACGUGCGAGCUAAUCUUCUUCAUGAAGAGCUCACCAUGGAGCCCAAGAUGACCUCCUCGAUGAUGCUUGUUGCCAUCAUGCCGUUUGCCUCUUGUGCACCUGUCGGCAGCGUUACUAGUGCUACCCAAGAUGACAGCUCUCCUGCCUCGAUUGGCGCCACCGGGUCUUCCUCCAGCAACGGUAACAGCCGCAAUCGACAUCGCCAAUGCCGCAACAACUUCAGGGGUGCCUCCGGCCAGUCCGACGCCAAUGGGAGCAACACCAACGCGCCCGGUUGGCCGCCAAUGUAUAAUCCAUGGACCGACAUCUUCAUGGUGUGGCCUGGUUUGGUGGAUAAUAGACGCAACCCCAGUGGAUAA